AUGGAUAGUUAUAAUCCCCAUGCAGUGACCUAUGAUGAUGUUCAUAUCAACUUCACUCAGGAAGAGUGGGAUUUGCUGAAUCCUUCCCAGAAAAAUCUCUACAAAGAUGUGAUGCUGGAGACCUACAGGAACCUCACUACUAUAGGGUACAUUUUGGAGGACUGUAACACUGAAGAACAUAGUCAAUGUUCUAGAAGACCUGCAAGGAAUGAAAAAACACAUACCAGAGAAAAAUGCUGUGAAAUUAAGCAAUGUGGUAAAGCCUUUGAUUAUCACAGUCAUCAUCAAAUGCAUGAAAGAACACACACUGGAGAGAAACCCUAUGAAUAUAGUCAAGAUGAUAGAGACUUAGUUCUUUAUGAAACUCAUCACAGUCAUAAAAGAACACAAAAUAAAGAAAAAUCAAAUGAAUUUAAUCUGCUUGGUAAGGCGUUUGCUGAUCACAGUCAUCUUCAAAGGCAUAAAAGAACACAUACUGGAGAGAAACCCUAUGAAUGUAGUCAGUGUGGUAAAUACUUUGCAUGUCUGGAUUGUUUUCAAUUGCAUGAAAGAACACAUACUGGAGAAAAACCCAAUGAAUGUAAUCAGUGUGGUAAGGCCUUUGCUCAACGUGGUAGUCUUCAAAAGCAUAAAAAAACACAUACUGGAGAGAAACCCUAUGCAUGUAAUCAGUGUGGUAAGGACUUUGCUGAAAAGAGUACUCUUCAAAAGCAUAAAAGAACACACACUGGAGAGAAACCCUAUGAAUGGAAUCAGUGUGGUAAGGCAUUUGCUCAACACAGUCAUCUUCAAAGGCAUAAAAAAAGACAUACUGGAGGGAAACCCUAUGCAUGUAAUCAGUGUGGUAAGGCCUUUGCUGAAAAUAGUACUCUUCAAAAGCAUAAAAGAGCACACACUGGAGAGAAACCCUAUGGAUGUAAUCAGUGUGGUAAGGCCUUUGCUCAACGUGGUAAUCUUCAAAUGCAUAAAAGAAUACAUACGGGAGAGAAACCCUAUGAAUGUAAUCAGUGUGGUAAGGCCUUUUCACGUCAUAGUUACCUUCAAUACCAUAAAAGAGCACAUACUGGAAAGAAACCCUAUGAAUGUAAUCAGUGUGGUAAGGCCUUUGCUCAACGUGGUAAUCUUCAAAUGCAUAAAAGAAUACAUACGGGAGAGAAACCCUAUGAAUGUAAUCAGUGUGCUAAGGCCUUUGCUGAAAAUAGUACUCUUCAAAAGCAUAAAAGAACACACACUGGAGAGAAACCCUAUGAAUGUAAUCAGUGUGGUAAGGCCGUUGCACGUCAUAGUUACUUUCAAUACCAUAAAAGAGCACAUACUGGAGAGAAACCCUAUGAAUGUAAUCAGUGUGGUAAGGCCUUUGCUCAACGUGGUACUCUUGAAAUACAUAAAAGAAUACAUACUGGAGAGGAACCCUAUGAAUGUAAUCAGUGUGGUAAGGCCUUUGCACGUCACAGUCACCUUCAAAGGCAUAAAAGAACACAUACUGGAGAGAAACCCUAUGAAUGUAAUCAGUGUGGUAAGGCCUUUGCACGUCACCGUCAUCUUCAAAGGCAUAAAAGAACACAUACUGGAGAGAAACCCUAUGAAUGUAAUCAGUGUGGUAAGGCCUUUGCACGUCACAGUCAUCUUCAAAGGCAUAAAAGAACACAUACUGGAGAGAAACCCUUUGAAUGUAAUUAA